GGCGGCAGCGAGGCCGUUUUUACCUCAGCGCCUGCCGCCAUUUUGAUCUUGGUCGGACUCCGAGGAGGAGAAAAGAGUCGUGUCGCUGUACGGUACCACCCCAACCGCCACCAUUUUUGCCAUGUCGAGAGACCGUUUCCGUAGCCGUGGAGGCGGCUUCCAUCGGCGCGGAGGCGGCGGAGGCCGAGGCGGCCUCCCGGGGAACCACGACUUCCGUUCUCCGCCGCCGGGCAUGGCAGGCGGGAUGGGCCAGUCCCGCGGGGGCCACCACCACAUUGGCGGUGGUCUUGGAGGCCCCCCGAAGCCGGAGCCUGCCAAGCCACCCAGCUCGGCCUCCACUCCGCCUUCCUCCGCGGCCUCCGUCUCCGUUUCCUCCAGCCCAGCAGCCGCGUCGCCUUCCGUGGGGCCCACCCAGAACCAGGUCGGCCAAGCGCCUCCGGUCUCUUCCUCCGCCCCCACUCCGAACUCGACCUCCGCUCCGGCUGCCUCCGCGGGGCUCCAGAGCGGCGGCCGAGGUGGGGAUCAGCCGCCGUCUCAGCAGCAGUCUGCGGCGCCCAGCCAAAGUCCGGUCCAGGGGGGCCCUAAGAAGGGUCCCGGUCAGUCCUCCGGGGGCGGCGGAGGACAAAGUGGCUUAAAGGGCGGACCGGGAGGCCCCCAACAAGGAGGAGGCCCCAAGGGCGGAGGGCCCGGACAGCACCGCGGCGGCGGCGAGAGGCGCGGAGGACAAGGCCAGCAUCAACACCAGCACCAGCACCCUUCGCAGCAGCAGCACCAGCACUCGCAGCAGCAGCAGCAACAGCAGGGUGCCGGCGGGGAGAAAAUGUCCGAUGCGGAGGGCUUUAAAGCCAAUUUGUCGCUUCUGAGACGGCCUGGAGAGAAGACCUACACACAGCGCUGUCGUCUCUUUGUUGGGAACUUGCCUGCUGAUAUAACGGAGGAGGAAUUUAAGAGGUUAUUUUCUAAAUAUGGUGAACCUGGUGAAGUCUUUAUCAAUAAAGGAAAAGGCUUUGGCUUUAUUAAACUGGAAUCCCGAGCUCUGGCUGAAAUUGCAAAGGCUGAACUUGAUGAUACUCCCAUGAGAGGACGGCAGCUUCGUGUGCGUUUUGCCACCCAUGCUGCUGCUCUUUCUGUGCGUAAUCUCUCCCCAUAUGUAUCCAAUGAGUUGCUGGAGGAAGCAUUUUCUCAGUUUGGCCCAAUCGAAAGAGCUAUUGUGAUUGUAGAUGAUCGUGGCAGAUCAACAGGAAAGGGCAUUGUUGAAUUUGCAUCUAAGCCAGCAGCUCGGAAAGCAUUUGAACGUUGCUCUGAAGGUGUCUUUCUUUUGACAACUACUCCAAGACCUGUUAUUGUGGAGCCCCUUGAACAGUUGGAUGAUGAAGAUGGUCUUCCAGAAAAGCUGGCUCAGAAAAAUCCAAUGUAUCAAAAGGAGAGAGAGACUCCUCCACGGUUUGCACAGCCUGGAAGUUUCGAAUAUGAAUACUCUCAGCGAUGGAAGUCUUUGGAUGAAAUGGAGAAACAACAGAGAGAUCAGGUGGAGAAAAACAUGAAAGAUGCCAAGGACAAACUGGAAAGUGAAAUGGAAGAUGCAUACCAUGAGCAUCAGGCAAAUCUUUUGCGCCAAGAUCUCAUGAGGCGACAAGAAGAACUGAGGCGUAUGGAAGAACUUCACAAUCAAGAGAUGCAAAAACGCAAAGAAAUCCAGCUGAGACAGGAAGAAGAGCGCCGUAGGCGGGAGGAAGAGAUGAUGAUCCGCCAACGUGAGAUGGAAGAACAAAUGAGAAGACAGAGAGAAGAAAGUUAUAGUAGAAUGGGUUACAUGGACCCUAGGGAGAGGGACAUGAGAAUGGGAGGUACCAGCACAAUGAACAUGGGAGAUCCUUAUGGUACAGCUGCUCAGAAAUUCCCACCUUUAGGAGGUGGUACUGGCCUUGGCUAUGAAACCAGUCCUGGAGUUGGACAAGCAUCUAUGAGUGGCUCCAUGAUGGGAAGUGAUAUGCGCCCAGAGCGAUUUGGGCAGGGAGGUGCGGGGCCUGUAGGUGGCCAGGGCCCUAGAGGAAUGGGGCCUGGAACUCCAGCAGCUUAUGGGAGAGGGAGAGAAGAAUAUGAAGGCCCAAACAAAAAACCCCGAUUUUAGAUGUGACUUGUAGAUUUUCAUUCCAGUUUGUUUCGUUUGUCUUGUUUAGACACUACUUUUUUUUUAAUUCUUGCAUUUUAGUAAGAAAGCUAUGUUUUUAUGGAUGUUAGAAACUUAAUGACCUAGAAUUUGUAAGUGGUCUGGGCAAGAAAAAUAUAAUUAUGUAAUGCAGUGUUCAAAACCUAGCUUUUUUGAUGUAUAACGUCCCUACCUUGAUGGCAGUGUACGGUGUGCCAUUUGAAUUCCCAAGUGUAAACUUUUUUUACUGUGCUAAAAUAAAUAGAUUAAAUGUAGCAAUGGUUUUUAUAUCGUAAACGUUAUCCUUCUUGGAUCCAAGUAUACAGAGCAAAGACGCUGCACCUUCCAUUGUGCAUACAUUGUUUGAAAUCUAAUUUGGUGUCUGGCACAACAUGACCUGGGUGCUGCUUUGCCGUAAAAUGUCUUAAUUGAGCUACUGACCUAUCAAUAUGCAAUGAGACCUAAUUAGAUGAGUAUGAAAUAACUUAAGCGGUGGACUCACCUUGAAAAUACACCUCUACGCUCGUUCUACCAAAGUUGCAAUGCAGUUAGUGUUAAGGGGCUUAAAAGGGUUUAAUUGCCCUGCAGUUAAGGAAGCACAGGCAAUCUGAUGCAGAUACACAAAACUUGGACUUUAGUCUUGAGUAAGAUGGUCGGAGAAGGGAAAUGUGUUGGCAGACAUUUGGUAGUAUUUGCUGCUGAGUAUCUUAAAAGCAUCUCCCAUUUCAGGUUUCAUAACAUGGCUUGUAUUGAACUUCUAUCUGAACUUCUUUUAAAGGAUUGUUCAGUGAGACAUGCCCCCAACAUGUUCAGUGUUAUAUGACCUGGCUGCCCUAUUUUACUGUUUAAUGUUUAAUCGGAAUGCUUAGAAAACACUCAGGAUGGGGGGGUACUUGUAUUUUAUAACUCUUCUCGUUUGUGAACUGGAGUACAGAAAUGAAAGUAUCCUUUGUCACUUUGGGGUUAAUAAUGCAUAGCAUCCUGCACUGUAGUAAAUUGCCAGACAAACCUGAUGCUUGAGGUUCUAAAUAUUAAAAUUUGGAAGUUUUGAACCUCAGGCCACACUAUACAUUUGGUGUUAAAUCUAGUAGGGUGGUUGAAUCUUUCAUCCUUAUUAAAAGACAUGUAUGAAUUCAAGGUGUCCUGGACUCCAUACCCUGAUGGCACCUAAAAUGCUGGGAGCAGUGUUUCCCAGUUCAAAAAAUACUGUGGUUGAUGAAAUGAAGAUCAACCUGCUUGGUUGGACCAUUCUCUACAUUUUAUUCUGGAUGUCUAUUCAACAAUUGACUAUUACAGCUUUUAAUCCUUCAAAUGUGUUACUCUGUUUUGGCAAUAACAGGCUAUCUGUAAUGUGUUUGCAACAGGAGCAGAUAAACCUUGGUGCCAUCAAUUAUUACAUCUUGAUCAUACAAACUAUUAGCACAAAGCUCUGUGCUGUGCAACAUUUUAAAUGCAAGAAUGCUGGGAAAUGGUGGUUAAGGCUGCUGGAUGAUUGUUUAGUGUUUCAGUUGGAUUGAGCUACAUUUCCACAACCUUUCAGGAAGUUAGAUCCCAAACCAGCUGCUAUAGGAACAGUAGGGAAAUGUUUAACUUGCAGUUCUUGAGCUGGAUACCUGUGUAGAGAAACCCUUGUAUACAGGUCAGUGAAACGUAAAAGUUCAGCUUCAUUGUCAUUUGAUAUUAGGGGCUCAGUCACCUGCAGGUCAUUUUCUGAAAGGGUGUUCAUGUGACACCCACUGGAAGAAACUCAGAUUGACAGUGGUGGGGUCUCUGGACGUGGACACUAAUUUUCAGUUUAUUUUUCAGAUUACAUGCCAUUUUUCCUUAGGAUGCUGGCACAUACCCUAAACCAUGCUCUUUUCUAGUACUGUAAUCUUGAAGAGUGAAGGAGGCUGAUGGUCCCAUUACCUUCCUAAGGUUCAUUUCUUGUUUCAUUCUGUCUAAAUCUAGGCUGAUGUUAAAUCUGGACAGAUAUAGUGAGCUGCAGUUUAUUCUUUUACCUUACCUGGCAAGUCUUGACAACUGCACAUUUAAAUACCUGUAUAGUAGUUUGACUUCAAAGCAUAAUAAGCAGGACCCCAGGUACCAGCAAAUUAAUUGAUUCAGAGUUCUCAUUGAAUUGGGUGUUCUAUUUAGUUUUUAUCUUUUUAAAAAUGUGUUUUAAACACUUCUUUGGGCUUAUAUGCAGGUCCUUUUUGAGCAGAAGAGUGACUAUUACACUUCUGCAUGCCCACUAUGCUUUCAGUCAACAAAAGGGCCUCCGUACAAAUUCCUCUAUCUUCCCAUGUUCUUAUACCCCUAGCAUGCUAUAACCACAUCCUUGCCAGUUAUAAUGAAAAACUGAAUUUAUGUUUCUGUGCGUAUUUUGUGGUAUCUGCUUUUUUUAAAACAACUUCUUGGCAUCUCCUGGGCAACCACUUGUGGCAGCAUGCUUUUUUCUGGAGUUUGAGACUGCAAUAUGACACUGUUUAAAAAGUAGUGGCCUGCUACAUAACAGCACUUAGUCAGCAUUUUCGCAGUGCAUAACUGUGAGGAACGUAGUACCACAAGUGGACAUUAGGACCUGGAAGUAGUAUUCCUGCUUGCUCCGAGAUUCUCUUUGUCGCCUGCAUACAGGUAGGUAAAAAGCACUAUAAUCUAACUUGGUGACUUUCUGUGUAAUCUUGCUGUGGGGGUACUCUGGCAUCACACUUCUGACCAUGGGAUUUCAGUGCAGCACUACUCAUACUGUAUGAUGCUUAGAUUUGAGGCCUAACCUGCAAUCAGCAUUAGGCAAGCUAACCGUGAUGCUGAGAUGUGUGCCUCAGACCCGUGAUUCCUUCGUGCAUAUGACUUUUUUCCAUCUUUACUGUGUACCAAAAAGAUUCUUAGAGAUCAAUGGGGAUGGGAAAGGGAGUACAACUUGUAAAUAUCUACUCAAGGUCCUGUUUGUUGCUCAUAGGAAUAAGUACUCUUAAUACAUUUUACACUUUCAUGGCAAAAUCCACAUUUCAGCCCUUUAUUGGCUAGAAAGCUAUAUAUUCAUAUGUAACUUGCCCUGGUUGCUGGUUGGGGAGUGGUGUUUUGUAACUUUAGUGGUUAGUUAUGUAAUGUGUUUGGGUGGCUGUGGAAUAAUGGCUGUGGAAUUUGUUCAAAUGAUACACUGAAAAAUCGAGAACUCCCACUUCUCAUGUUCCAUAUACAUCUUACCAAAAAGGUGUAGCUUCUUCUGUUUCAUUGAUGAUGAAAAUACAUAAUGGGGUUACAUACCUAACAUGUAUUACCCUCCAGGUCUGUUGGCUUUGUUUGCUAGGUAGUUCAAUAUUCUGUGUCUUAAAAAAAGUGUUUUCCAUCUGAUCUGGCACAAGAAUUAGAAAUAUUUUACUUUGGGCUGAACUGUGCUUCUGUCAAACGUAGGUACUGUAUUUCAAGGACUUAAAUAAUUGAGCAGGAUUCAUUAAUGAAUCUUGCGUAUAGCAGCAGCAGUCUCAGACUGGAUAAACAUGUCUUCUGUACUUUUAACAGUUUGCCACCGAAAAGUGUGUGUGAAAUACUGGUAUGAGCAGCAUAUGCAUUGUGCAACUAAUUCUGCCCAAGCUUAAGCUAGAUCUCCAAAAUCUAGUGAUAAUAGUUCCACUAGGAAUGCAAUAAAACAACUGAAUAGUUGGAUUGCAAAUAUGUACCAGCCACAGUACUCUGUUUUGACCAGUAUGCCCAGGGUUUACUUGGUGUGGGAUGAUAACCAGUAAGUGUGGAUCUCUGCAUAAUUGGGUUUAAUAGAUAUUUCUCACUUAGAUCAGUUGAAUUGGAAUAAGGCUGUGGGGUACAUACUUAAAUGCAGUGACAAACAGAAAUACAGUACAUAUCCUAGGCAGUAACUCGUCUGCUGAAAAUACCACUUUGUCAGAGUGGCAUGAUAAAUAACAAAGUGCUUGCAUUGUAUUCCAUUUUUAAACUCUUCAUUCUGGUCUUUGAAUACUUUUGAUUUCUUACAAAAACUGACUUAAGAGCUCAGAAGUGUGGUGCCAGAAUACAUUAUGCGUAAUCUGCUAGGCGGUUCCGAUUACUGGUGCUGUCAGGAGAGAAGCACUUCAUAACCUUGUGGGGGAGGGAGGCUUUACUAUACUGAGUGUGCAAAGCUUUUAUUGGCUGCAGUCCCUCCCUGAUAGCUCAACAGAUGUUUGAGGAUAGAUCGGCAUUCAAACAAUAUCUGCUAAUGAUCUCCAACUAAUCAGGAAGGCCUAUAGUCACUCAUUCUAAAUGGAGCCCAAUAUGAAGAGAUUGUGCUUUUUAAGGUUUGUUUGGACCAUUGGUUGUUUUCCACCAUCACAGCUAGCAAGGUUGGAAUCAACAGGUCAGUUGCAGAUCUGCCUUUAUGCCACUCACUGGGGUUAAGCAAAUGCUGUGAGGGUGGUGGGAUUGGGAGGGGGAGGAGAAAAGGGAGACCUUUCCCACUCUGGAUUGUUGCAUUAGCAUGUGCCCAUGAAAACCCAUGGUGGUGUAUAUAAAUUCCCCUCAGACAAAACUUGCAUUUAAUCCCUGUACAAUGUGAGAUGUGGGAAUGGAUGACGGAAAUAGCUAGUGAUUGAAAAGAACAUAAAUUUGUGUUGCUCUAUCCUAAAAUGUGUGUUCCUUCCAUUUUGCAAAAGUACUAAGCUAAGAUGUGGACUUGAGGAAACUGGCACAUUGGCUGGUUGGCAGUGUCUCUUACCUCUUAAAGGGCUCUUUUAAGAGUUAGUUACAGGUGGAAAGGUUGUCUUUUCACUCUCUAUAUGCCCUUAAUGAGACUGAAAAGGGACUUGGGGGGAAUAGAGGGACAGUUGCAGAAAAAAAGCUAGAAAGAUUGAUAAACAAAUUCCAAUUUCUGUUGUGAAGAUUUCAGGAGACAUUUAGACUGGCCUUCCUUUAGUUCAAAGGACUAUUUGCUUCGGGGUUGGGGGUGUAUGGCAACAAUUCAGAAAAGCAACCACAUAGUUGAAUGCAAUGGCUUUGCAUCUGCACGAAAGGGGUAACAUACCUCUGGCUGCAUAUCCUUAUGCUUAGGUUGGCAGUUGGGAUUUAAUUUAUUCAGACUAGUUGUGUUUGUUCACUACAAUGUGUUUCAAUAUUUGAAAUAAAGCAUUCAGCUUCUACUUGUGCCCCAUGCUACUUCCCAACAACUGAAUAUUGAUAGAAUUUGUAAUUUCCCCUCAAUUUACUAUUCCAUACAUUACUCUUACGUUUAAACUUAAAACUUUAUUUUCAGAAACUCUGCAGUCUGUAUUCCCUUAGUAACUUCCGUUCUUAUCCUUAUAGGUGAAGGCAAUACCAGCUGGGUGAAACCAGAGUGCUUCUGUGUAUGAGUAAGCAUUAGCCAGUAGGUCCCAGCACGAUUGAAUGAAGGAGAAUGGAAAACCAUAACUAUGCUAUAGAGGACAAAUGUGUUAGAAGGAAGAAAAUUGCUUAUGUGUAAGUUAAUACUAAUUCAAAACUAUGCAUGUGAAAAUGAUAAGCAUACAAAUGAUGCCACUCAAGUAGAAACAUCCUUCUGAACAGUGCUGCAGUCCUGUUACUCUGGAGGGGGAAAUAGAGAGGUUCAGAAUCUGGUAAUGUAGCUAAAAUGUAUGUUUCUCUUAAUAUACUUGCUGUGUUAAUUUGUAUCUGAUAUGCCAGGUUCUGAUUUAAUAUUAAUAAUAGCAUCACUGAUGUUUAGCUGUUAAAACUUUGCUCUUGUUUUAGCUGUUGAACGCAUACUGUUUCCUAGUGCUAAGCUUCUAACUUUUAUUCCGCAGGAGAAAGAAGCUGUUCCUGCAUUUCGAAGGAAAGUUUACAGGGCUUCAGUUGCAGUCUCUUAAAUUUUCAAUAAAUUAUUCAAACUUUGA